CGCUAAGUGUUUGAAAGCCCCGCGGCGUGAAGAGGUCUUAGCGCCCCGUCAGGGACUGUGUGCCGGCGGCUUUUCCCUGCCGUUUCAGGGCGGUCUGCUGGACGAGCCGCAGGCAGGAGAAGACAGCAGAAGUUUGAAGUGACGGACAUCUCCAGAACCCCCUGUGCAUGCAGCUCUCUUGAGGUUGCAGCCUCCUUAGUUGUGUGCCCCCCCGCCCCACCCCCACUCCUCCUGUUUCUCACCAUGUCCUCCACCUCCUCCUCGUACUCCUCCUCGGGGGAGACUAGCCCGGAGGAUGUACCCCGUGGCGGCGGCACCAUCCGAGUCUACCUCCCCAACAAACAGAGGACGGUGGUGAACGUGCGGCAAGGACAGACGGUGUACGAGAGUCUUAACAAAGCACUCAAAGUGAGAGGCCUGAGCCAAGACUGCUGCGCUGUGUUCCGCCUGCUGGAAGGUCGCAAGAGACUGACAGACUGGGAGACAGACAUCACUCCUCUGGUUGGAGAGGAGCUGCUAGUCGAAGUCCUGGAUGACAUUCCUCUCACCAUGCACAACUUUGUACGGAAAACCUUUUUCAAACUGGCUUACUGUGAUUUUUGCCACAAGUUUCUUUUUAAUGGCUUCAGAUGUCAGACGUGUGGCUACAAAUUUCACCAGCAUUGCAGCAGCAAAGUGCCCACUGUGUGUGUUGACAUGGAUACAGUGAGCAAACGCAACUCCUGCACAGAUGAUUAUCCUCAGAUACUAUUGCCUGAAAAUUCCCCAUCACAGAGCAACCUGGUCUUAACCCCGGAGCCUGCUGGCACAGGCCUCCUGUCCCCGACCUUUAACUUUCCAACAACGGGAGGAGACGGGCAGUCUCUACAGAGACAUCGUUCCACCUCCACUCCCAACGUCCACAUGGUCAGCACAUUGGACCCCGCUAACGUCAGCAUCAUCGAGGAAGCACUGAAAUACAGCACAAUAGGUCCCGAGCCCUCACCCAAAGCCUCCACCAGUCCGCCCUCCUCUCUUGGCUCUCCGGGAAGGAGGCUACAAAAGUCCCCCUUAGAGCACAAGGAACGCAAACCGUCUUCAUCUGACGACAAGAAGAAAGUGGUACGUUGUCUUCAGCAUCAUGGCCGCCCUCUGAUGGAAGAAAGUAGAACGCACCGAGGCGGCUACAGAGACUCUAGUUACUACUGGGAGGUCCCGUAUCGAGAAGUCACCCUACAGAAGAGGAUAGGUACCGGCUCCUUCGGGACCGUCUUCAAGGGCAAGUGGCACGGAGACGUGGCCAUCAAGAUCCUGAAGGUUAAAGAGCCGACGCCUGAGCAGCUACAGGCUUUCAAAAACGAAAUGCAGGUCCUACGGAAAACCCGCCACGUCAACAUCCUGCUCUUCAUGGGCUUCAUGACUAAGCCCAACUUUGCCAUCAUCACCCAGUGGUGUGAAGGCAGCAGCCUGUACCGCCAUCUGCACGUCUCAGAGACCAAGUUCGACCACGUGCGUCGCAUCGACGUGGCCAGACAGACGGCGCAGGGCAUGGACUAUCUUCAUGCAAAGAACAUAAUUCAUCGAGACCUGAAGUCAAACAAUAUUUUUCUCCAUGAGGGCUGGACUGUUAAGAUUGGCGACUUCGGCUUGGCCACGGUCAAGUACCGAUGGAGUGGCUCUCAGCAAGUAGAGCAGCCCAGUGGCUCUAUUCUCUGGAUGGCCCCUGAGGUGAUCCGGAUGCAGGACAGCAACCCUUACACGUUCCAGUCUGAUGUGUACGGUUAUGGAGUGGUGCUGUUUGAGCUGAUGUCAGGAACCCUUCCUUACUCCAAUAUUAACAACAGAGACCAGAUACUCUUCAUGGUGGGACGUGGCUACUUGUCUCCAGACCUCAGUAAACUCUACAGUACCUCGCCCAAGUCCAUGAAGAGGCUCAUCGUCGACUGCCUCAAGUUCAUCCGGGAGGAGAGGCCCCUUUUUCCACAGAUCCUGGUAGCCAUUGAGCAGGUCCAAGAGCUGCUGCCAAAAAUCGAGCGAAGCCGCUCCGAGCCAUCCCUCCACCGGGCCGUUCAGACCGAGGACCUGAACCCUCACCUGUUCCAAACCACCAGGCUGAUGCCGCUUUAGGCAGCCCUGGCUGAGAGGCCGCGUGCGUCCCUGUGCCUGGGAGGCCACAGCCGGCCGCAACCAUCCCAAACCCACCGUACCCUCACACUCCACCCUGCAGGACCCCACCGACCCAGAACUCACAGUGGCACAGCACACAUGGACAGAAUGCCACCAGCACACCUUUACUUCAGUCAGGACUACAUGUCAGUUCACCAUGAAGCAGGCUGGGUCCUCUGCUCCCACACUUUAGCUUCAGCCUCCCAGCUCUGAUGAGCAGUUCAGUCUUAACAGGAAGCUUCUCCAUUCACUGCUUUUCUCUCACCACCGUCACCCAAAGCAGCCGCUCUCAGGGCGUGGCGUCUGGAAACCACCCGCCAGCCUGACGCAGCUCAGCAGCUAGCUCACCGGGGCUGGGCCAGACGGGCCGAGCGUCUAAAAGCCAACAGAACUGGUGAAGUUCUGCUCCUCCAGACAGACGGGCGUUUUAAAGGCUGCCAGGGAAGCGACUCUAAUGACGUCUAAUGUUCCCUGCCGCUCAUCACAGCAGGGAUCUGCUGCGUCUCAACCAAAAUACCCACCUCGGCAGGAAGCGUCACUCAGGUCCUCGCAGGGCACCGGCCUCCCAGCAGAGAGUCUCUGGGUUACCAAGGGAGGGUUCUGGUUGGUGCCUGCUAGUAGUUAGAAAUGCUCGCCUUGCAGUUCUCAGAAGCUCCCGGUGAGUUCUGAGCUUCCCAGAGGCCCGUUGGUUCCCCUCCCCUCUGCGUUUUCAUCCAGAUCCUUUCAUGAGCCGGGCUGCAGGCUCGCUAAUGGCUUUUUAGCCUCACGCUGUUCUCAGA